AAACCCUAGGGUUUACCCUAACUGGACUAAACCCAACUUUUCUCCCAAAUCUCAGAAAACCCAUUACCCUUUCUUCUUCUCUCUCUCACUACCGGAGGCCCAUCUCUCUCUCCGCCUCACUCUCUCUCUCUGCGAGCUUCCUUCUUCUCUCUCUGUUUUUUUUUUUCUUGCUAUUCUCCAUUUCUGUUCACUUUUGAGCUCGUUUUGCGGCAAUGGAGUUGGACGGUGUUGGCCUCGUGGAGAGAACCAUGUGGGUGCGCUCUGUUUUGGAAGCUAUGGCGGUGGAGACUGCUCUUGCCACUGCAAACUCCUUUGCUUGCCUUCUGGCGGCGGCAGGAGCUAUGUUAAAUGUUGCCAAUGCUACACCAGGAUUGGCUGCAAUUGAGGAAAGGUUUCCUUUCUCUGAACUUCACAAAAAGAAAAGCCCUGAUCAGGAAAACAAAGAUGGCAGUGAAACAGAGGAUGAUGAAGACGAUGACGAUGAAGAUGAUGCAAAUGAUCAGGAUGAUGAUGACGACGACGAAGAUUUCUCCGGAGGUGAAGAAGCGGAUGACGGUGAUCCAGAGGAUGAUCCUGAAGCAAAUGGUGAUGGAAGAGCUGGAGGGGACGAGGAAGAUGAUGACGACGACGACGAUAAUGGAGAUGAUGAUGACGAAGAUGAGGACGAGGAUGACGAUGAAGACGACGAAGACGAUGAGGAGGAAACACCUCAGCCACCAGCCAAGAAGAGGAAGUGAGAAUAUCGAUUGGCCCUCCACAUUGUCGAGUUUCGAGUAGCGAGGAAAGUUGAGUUAGUGUUAGCCUUUGCUUUAGGGGUAGGAACAUUGUCUGGCCUUGUUGGUUAUGAACUUCUAAUCUUAUGUUUGUGAUGUUGUGGAUCCAUAUUAUAUAUAACAAUUUCUUUUGCGAAAAUAGUUAUUACUCUUAUGUUGUCAGAA